UGGAAGAGUGGUUGGGAUAAGAGGGCGACAUUGGCAUAUGAGAGAGGUCUGUAAAACAGUGGUAACUAUUGAAAUGCUUCUUGGCUGGCAAAUCUUGUUGGCGCCAACUCUGUUUCACUGUAACUCCAGUGCUCCUCCAAUUGCCUUGUGUAAUUUCUCCUCCAAAUCAAUAUCAAGAUUUUCCCCAAACAAUCAUGUCUUUCCUUCUACUAGGCUCUUAAUACCUUCAGCUAGUCUGAAGAGAGAUGAAAAUAAGGAGGCGGAUGAUUUUGCUGAACUGAAGGAGAAAGUGGAAAAUUUGGGUAUAUGCUGCGAUUCUAUUAACCCCGGAGAAUACACACGAUUAAUGUGUCCCAAGUGCAAAGGUGGUCAGCAAAUGGAAAAGAGUUUAUCAUUUCAUAUGUCCUGGAAAAGGAAUUAUGCAUUAUGGAGGUGCUUCAAUUUUGAAUGUGGAUGGGCAGGCCAGAUCCCUGCACACAACAACACGACAUCUGAUGGGGUUCAUCAACUUGGCAGAAUGACUUCUCCACGGAUACUUAUGGAGGAAAGCUUGAAGUUAGAACCAUUAGGUGAUACGGUAGCUGCAUAUUUUGCCAAGAGGAUGAUAUCAAAGGAUACUCUGAGGAGAAAUCAUGUCAUGCAAAUGGCUGGUGAUCAGAUCAUCAUUGCCUUUACUUAUAGGCAGAACGGUAUGCUCAUCGGCUCCAAGUAUCGGACUCUUGAGAAAAGGUUUUGGCAGGAGAAGGGUACAGAUAAGGUACUUUAUGGACUGGAUGAUGUAAGAGAAGCAGACGAGAUCAUCAUUGUAGAAGGUGAAAUAGAUAAGCUUUCAGUGGAAGAAGCUGGAUUUCCCAACUGUGUCAGUGUUCCUAAUGGUGCACCACAGACCAUCGCAUCCAAAGAACCUCUACCACUGGAAGAGGAUACCAGAUUUUCAUACCUGUGGAACUGCAAAGAUUGCUUGGAGAAGGCGUCCCGAAUUGUGCUGGCAACUGAUGGUGAUUUACCAGGCCAAGCAUUGGCUGAAGAGCUUGCCCGCCGUUUGGGGAAAGAAAGGUGUUGGCAAGUAUGUUGGCCUAAAAAGGAUGAGUGUAGCAGUUAUAAAGAUGCAAAUGAGGUACUUGUAAAUCUGGGAUUACAAGCCCUGAAAGAAGCGAUUGAAUGUGCUGUGAAAUAUGAAAUGCAGAAUUUGAACUAAUCCACAUUUCUCAAGUCUUUUAAGAUCUAUUCAACAGUACUUGACUCUCCCCGAGACAUUAUGUGUCCACUGUUCUUGUUUUGGAGAUGAAAGGUUUCAUUCUCUACUUGGAAGUUGGAAUGAAGGUUUUGGACCAUAGUCACCAUACAAGGUACCUUGUUAUAAGAGUCCUCAGAUGCUUUCCAACGAUGGAGGAACGAAAUCGGUCUAAAACUGUUUAGGAGAUUAGUUUCUUAUACUAAUAUAUAUCUAUAUCUCCAUUUAAUUAUUUUUUUGGUUACAUUCAUUUGGUUAUUAUAUGUUAUAAGAGUAAUAUUGGUGCAUGUCCAUAACUCCUAUAGAAAUAACAGCCAAAUGUGAACCAA